AUGGCUAUAACAAAUUCUGCUGCAGUACAAAGAUUAUGGAAAUCAUAUCAAAAAGAAACUCCACAAGUUCUUAAAAUGAUUGAUGCAUAUUUAGUUUACAUUUUAUUUUCUGGUAUUUUUCAAUUUAUUCAUUGCGUUUUGGUGGGACUUUAUCCAUAUAAUGCUUUUCUUGCUGGAUUUAUUUCAACCGUAGGAUCAUUCGUUUUGGCUGAGCCUUUGCUGAUUUCGUUUUCUGCAGCAUAA